UUCCGGUCGCUGCACGGCUUGAACGCUGCUUCAUGACUUCCUGCUGACAUUCGCCAACGAACCCCCUCCAGCCAUGAGUUCAUCAAAACCCUACAUUGGCUGUAAAAUAGGGUUGAUUUCCAAAGCUCAAAAUCGUUAUGAAGGCAUUUUGUACACGAUUGAUAAGGUGAACUCCACAGUAGUGCUGGCAAAAGUCCGGUGUUUUGGGACUGAGGGGCGACCCACAGACCGACCAACACCGGCCAAAGACGACGUCUAUGAGUACAUCACUUUCCGGGGAAGCGAUAUCAAGGACAUCACGUUGUGUGAACCUCCGAGAUCGCACCACGGCCUUCCCCCGGACCCCGCAAUAGUACAGUCAGCCAGUGUAGGCCCUCAAGGUGUGUACCCCGCUCUGGGGCCAUUUAGCCCCCUGAGGAUGCCUGCCUACAACCAACUGGCCGCCAACUCUCUGCUCAACCAGCAGUAUGCAGCGGCUCUCGGCCUCGGGCCAGUGGUUCCUGGUUUACAAGUUAGAAGGGGCGCAAUGGUGGAAAAGGCGAGUCAAACUCUGCAUGUGGACCGACUGAGGCAGCGGGGAGGCUUCGCUGCGUCCCAGGAGCCGGCGCAGCAGUGGGAGAGGAGGCCCCAGAGGCCCCAGAGGCCCAGACGAGCGAGUCCCCAGAACAGAAGGGCCACCGGAGCCAACCUGAAGUCCGGCCCCGCUGUGCCCAGUGCUCAGCAGGAAACUCUGCCGCAGCAUUAUGACAUCAGGCCUCCACCCAGGAGACCAGGAGCUCGGCGAAACCGGAACCGGAGCAGAGGCCAGCUGAUGGUGUCUCCCGUUCCAUCGGCCAUCCUUAAGUUUGACACAGACUUUGAUUUUGAUUCCUCGAAUGCCCAGUUUAUUAAAGAGGAGCUGGAGAGGGAGGUGCAGGACCGGAUUAAAGAUGGAAACCCUGAGGUAGGCGAGAAGGAAAAGGACAAAUUGCACUCGACCGCAAAAGAGGACAAGUUUGGCCCCAAAUGCUACUACGACAAAGCAAAGUCUUUCUUUGACAACAUCUCGUCCGAUAACAAGUUCAGACUAACGUGGGCAGAGGAGCGGAAGCGCAACCUGGAGACUUUUGGGGUCCCGGGCCGGUUCCUGAGGGGCCGGGGCUUCAGAGGUGGCUACGCGGGACGCAGAGGACGCGGCGCUGCUCAGACGGACUCUCCUCACAGAAUCAGGACGGCCGUGGAGUUCUGAGAUGUUUGCUGAACCUAAUGGGACUGAUGCCCGUUAUGAGGAUCAGCACAAGCGGCAUUAUUAUUAUUAUUAUUAUUAUUAUUAUUAUUAUUAUUAUUAUUAUUUUUUUUUUUUUUUUUUUCUUCCCUGAGGCAGUUUUCCUGCCCCAUAUUGCUGGGAUUGUAUUUUUUCUUAUUUGGCCCCAUUUUAAAUAUGGAUGCCCGCCUCACUAAAUGGUCCACCGUUUGAGACCAAUUGGUCUCUCCUCAGAAUGUCGGCGAGAAUAUUUGUUUUUGUUUAAUCUUUCAAUUAAAUAGUGAACUUUAAUUUGUUUUUUUUUCUGCUACUUGGAAGAAUUUCACUCCCAAACGUGUAUUAGUUUAAUAAGAAAAGGAUCCGGCUUUGCCUCAGCACACUUAUACAAAUGUAAAGUAUGAAUAUUAAUCUAAAAUGAACUAAGUUAAAAGUAAUUUAAAAGCUCUGUAUUGUGAAUUUGACCGGUGUUGUCAUAUUGAAGCAACAAGCUAAUUCAAAUAAACUGGUAAUUGCUGAUGUGCUUUUUUGCUGAGGAUGAGUCACGUGAUACUGUCAGUUACUUGUAUACAUGUCAACCUUGGGUUGACAUUCUGUGAAAUGUAACUAAAUAGUUCCCUAUUGGCGGUAUUAUGCUUACUUGUUCCUUGUGGGUUGUUUUAAAGCUGCUAUUCGCCCCAACGGGCAUCUGAGCCCUUUUCAUGCUGCCAUACUUUUGGCAAAGUGAUCUUACUCCACCACUAGUAUGCAUCACUUCCUUCCUUUUUCUUUUCAUUAA